AGUUGAACCGAAAUUUUUCAUUUCUCUUUGAAUCUCCAAACAAGUUACAUCAACUUUUCUUUUACUUUUUCUCUUCUUCUUUCAAAUCUAAUUUUCUAAUUUAACCUUUAAUUUAAUUCUUUCCAAUUAAUCUGAUUAACCAUCUUUCUAUUGUUGAUUGUAAGAGUUUAAUUGUAAUCAAAGAAAAUGAUUAAAUCAACCGGAUUCCUGAUUCUCUCUUUGUUUAUAUUUGCUUCUUUGGCCAAUCUCUCAAGCGGGAACGAAAUUGAUUUGAAUGAAAAAAAUCAACGCGAUUCCAAGAAGGAGGAUAAACAUGAGUACUAUUUAAAUCGUCAUGUUGACCAUCCUGAUGUUGACGCUGAAACCAUUCAGAAACAUGGUGCCUCCUUGGAAGAUGCUAAAAUGCAAGCUGAUGGCCUUUUGGAGCCCAAGGGUAAAAAGGUCAAGGUAGCGGGUGAGAAAGCGGAAGAUUCUGAAUCUAAACUACAAGAAAUGAUCCAUGGAGAGGAAAAGCAACACCAACGACGACACCAUAGGCAUGAGGUUAAAGGUCACAAGAAGAGUGAAGGAUCUAUGGAGUCUGAGGAAAGUUUCAAGAAAGAGGUGACCAAGGAAAAGAAGUCAAAUAAAAAUCGUAAAACGAUUAAAUCAAAUAAUGAUGAAUCUUUGAAAUCGGAAGAGGUGAAAGUCGAUAGUUCCAAAGACACUGAGAAUGUUAAAACACCGGUGGUAAAAGAGCCCAUGAUAAAAGGAGAAAAGGUCACAAACAUAGUGCCUCAGGUCACAAGAAUAGGAAACAUGGAGGUAAAAAGUCACAUAAGCCAUUAAAGGAAAAGAAGGAUAAAAAAAUGAAUAAAACUAAUCACAAUUAGAUCAAGAAAUUGUUGAUCAUUAUCUUGAAAUUGAUACAAUUUAAAGAUUUUGAUGAGCAAAAUUUUUUGUCAAUACAAUUGAAAUGAUGAUAAUCAAUUGAUAUCUAAAUUGUGAUCAACAAUCAACAUUACAAACCUCAUACUCUUAUGUUCAACAAUUACAAUUUAUUAGAAACAAUAUUUAAUCACCAUGAUGAUCAAGUUAAAUCACCCAAAUUGAUAAAUGGGAGAAAGCAAAGGACCAAACACAAUUAGUUGAAAGUAUUAAUCAAAUCAAUUUAAUUGUUUUCAAUUUCAAUUGGUUAUCUUUUUCAAUCAAUGGACCAAUUUUUUUGAUUAUAAUUAUACUUUCCAAUUUAUCUUUGUAUUACUAACUUAAAUAGCAUAUCAAUUUAAAUACAAUUACUAAUAUUUUGUAUCUUUUUAAUUGUAAUAAUCAAUGAAACUAUUUAAUUUUGUAUAAGUUAAAACUUUAACUUUAAUUGUAAACUCAUCAAAUACCAAUCAAUAUAAUUAAAAUAUUUUCCCACCGAUUAA